AUGAAGCAGAGAUUCUCGUCGCUAGAUGUCAAGGUCAUCACGCAGGAGCUGGCCGCGGAGCUAGUCAACCUCCGCGUGUCCAACAUCUACGACCUCUCCUCCCGCAUCUUCCUCUUCAAGCUUGCCAAGCCAGACCACCGCCGCCAACUGAUCGUCGAUUCCGGCUUCCGCACCCAUGUCACACAAUACUCCCGCACCGCGGCGUCCGCCCCCUCACCCUUCGUCACUCGCUUGCGCAAGUACCUCAAGUCCCGGCGCAUCACCGGUAUAGCCCAGAUCGGAACGGACCGUGUCAUUGACAUCUCCUUCAGCGAUGGUACAUACCACCUGUUCCUGGAGUUCUUCGCUGGUGGCAACAUCAUCCUCACGGACCGCGAGUAUACCAUCAUCGCGCUGUUUCGCCAGGUCUCCGCUGGAGAGGGCGAAGAAGCUAAGCUGGGAUUAAAGUAUACGGUGACGAAUAAGCAGAAUUAUGGGGGUGUGCCUGAUAUCACGGAUGAGCGGGUGAAACAGACGCUGGAGAAAGCCCAGGCGCUGUUUGCGAGUGAAGAGGGUGCACCGAAGAAGUCGAAGAAGAAGAAUACGGAUGUACUGCGGAAGGCUCUUUCCCAGGGUUUCCCCGAAUAUCCCCCGCUGUUGUUGGACCAUGCCUUUGCGGUGAAAGAGGCCGAUCCGGCGACGCCACUGGACCGAGUUUUGGGAGAUGAAGCUGCCUUGCAGAAGGUCAGGGAUGUGCUUGAGGAAGCUCAGCGCGUCUCGAAUAGCUUCGACGUCGGCGAGAAUCAUCCAGGCUACAUUGUCGCCAAGGAAGAUACGAGAGCUUCCGCUGAUGGCGAGAAUGCCUCGAAGACGCCUGGCUUGUUGUACGAGGAUUUCCACCCGUUCAAGCCACGGCAGUUUGAGGGCAAGCCUGGGAUUACCAUCCUCGAGUUUGACCGGUUCAAUGCCACUGUUGACGAAUACUUCUCGUCUCUAGAGUCGCAGCGUCUUGAAUCCAGGCUGACGGAGAAAGAAGAGGCAGCUAAGCGUAAGCUGGAGGCUGUCCGAGAGGAACAUCGGAAACGUAUCGAUGCCCUGAAGAACGCACAGGAGCUUCAUAUCCGCAAGGCUGGUGCCAUUCAGGAUAACAUGUACAGGGUUCAAGAGGCGAUGGACGCUGUCAACGGCCUCAUCGCGCAAGGCAUGGACUGGGGUGAGGUUGCUCGUCUUAUUGAGAUGGAACAGGGUCGGGGGAAUCCUGUGGCCCAGAUUAUCAAACUUCCAUUGAAGCUCUAUGAAAACACCGUUACGCUUCUGCUUGCUGAGGCGGGCGAUGAGGAGGAGGAUGAAGAUGAGGAAGAGCUUGCCUCUAGUGAUGAAUCCGAGUCGGACUCGGAAAGCGAAGCGCGAGAGGAGAAGCAGCGUGCAGACGCUACGUCAAAAUUACUGUCCAUCGACAUCGAUCUCGGUCUGACGCCGUGGGCAAACGCUUCGCAAUACUACGAUCAGAAGAAGCAAGCGUCCGAGAAGCAGCAGCGGACCGCCCAGUCAUCCUCGAAGGCUCUCAAGAGCCAUGAAAAGAAGGUGACAGCCGAUCUCAAGAAGAGUCUGAAACAGGAGAAGCAAGUUUUACGCCAGGCUCGCGUGCCUUUCUGGUUUGAGAAAUUUGUCUUUUUCGUCUCCUCGGAGGGCUACUUGGUUAUUGGUGCCCGCGAUGCAAUGCAGAGUGAACUCUUGUACCGCCGUUACCUCAGCAAAGGCGACAUCUUCAUCCAUGCCGACCUCGAAGGUGCGCUGCCAAUGGUCGUCAAGAACCGCAUCGGAAACUCGGACGCACCAAUCUCCCCUAGCACGCUAUCACAGGCCGGAAAUAUGUGCGUGGCAACGUCCACAGCAUGGGACUCCAAGGCCGUCAUGUCCGCGUGGUGGGUGCAUGCUCACCAGGUCGUCAAGACUGCCCAGGUGGGUGGAGGCAUCUUGCCUACGGGUCGAUUCGAGGUCAAGGGCGAGAAGAACUUCCUUGCACCUUCGCAGCUGGUCCUGGGAUUUGCAGUUCUGUGGCAGGUUAGCCAGGAUAGUGUGAAGAAUCAUAAGCAGCUGUUUGAGGCGGGGGAUGCACCGGCGGAGAGUCUAGAUGUUGGGAGUAUGGAGGCACCUGGGGCUGAGCAAGAGACUACUCCAGAGAGAGCUGCUGCUGAAGCCGCUUCGGUGGAAGAGGACGUUUUUCAGGAAGAGCCACGGGAGAAGGAUGCAUCUGGGGAUGAGGAGGAUGCAGAGGACGAUGAGGACCAAGCUCCAGCUAGGGACCCCCUCCAGCGUGGCGAUUCCGAAAUCCCUGUCAGCGCCGGUCAACAGUCGCCCGAGUCUGAGCCCAAGUCCGAUGCAGAGGACGAGGAUGAUGGCAAGCCAGAGCCAGAGCUAGGGUCUGUGCAAGAAGAGCAGGCUGCUGAGGAUAUUGAAGAAGCCUCAUCAACCACAAACCAAGACGCUGCUUCUCAGCAAGACGAAAGAAAACAACCCACUGCCCGCGAACGACGCACCCUCGGACAAGGCAAACCCAUUGACCGAUCAGGCGAGGAGGAGCCCACCGCACCACACAUCCCGCAAACCCGCGGAAAGAAAGCCAAGGAGAAGCGUGCAGCAGCCAAAUACGCGCACCAAGACGAGGAAGAGCGCGAACUAGCCCUCCGCCUGCUAGGCUCAAACAAAGGCAAAGCCGCCAAAGCAGCCAAGGCGGCCGAAGCCAAAGCCCAACGUGAAGCCGAAGCCGAAGCCCAAAAGCCCGGCGCCGCCCUCUUCGAAGAAGGCGGCGACGACUACAAUGAGGAAACCGCCGCCGCCGAAGCAGCGGAUCUGAGCUGGUUGCCCGCGCUAGUCGGCACACCGUCACCAGACGAUGAGAUUCUAGCUGCGAUCGCGGUGUGUGCGCCGUGGGCCGCGCUGGGACGAUACAAGUAUAAGGUGAAACUGCAGCCUGGUGCGGUCAAGAAGGGUAAAGCUGUGAAGGAGAUUGUUGGGCGAUGGGUGUCGGAGACGACGACGGGGAAGGUGAAGAAGGAUUAUGCGGAGGAUAUUGGGAUUUCGAGAGUUGAUGCGGAGAAGUUACGGGAGAGGGAGGGGGAGUUGAUUAAGGGGUGGAAGGAGACGGAGAUCAUUAAUACGAUGCCCGUGGGGAAAGUGCGGAUUAUGACGCCUGGAAGUGGAGGAGGUGGAGGUGGAGGGGGAGGAGAGAAAGGGAAGAGUAGUGGGAAGGGUGGGAAAGGUGGUGGCGGUGGUGGGAGAGGAGGAGGUAAAGGAGGGAAGAAGAAAUAG